GUUUAUCCUCUGGUUUUUACAACCUUUCGCCCUCGUCUCCGUCGGCGCCCGCGGAAUCCUUGUUCGGUCUGUGUUCGAGGUCAGUUUCCGUGCUGGUCUCUCACUCCUCCUCCCCUCCUGAAUUCUUGCUCGAUUCCAUCUCAGUCGGGCUCUUUGCCGCGAUCGCUACGCGUCAGGUUCGUCGAUUCUUGAUGGAGUUCGCCUCUUGCUAAUCGAUUCGACGUCGAGUCAAUCUUUCUCCACGUUAUUCUUUGAUCUUGAAAGAUUUUUAAGGGGGUGGGGUUGGGAGUGGUGGUGGUUAUAAUCGGCCUCGUUGGGUGAAUUCUAGCGUUUCGCUCCUCUAGGUUUUGUCUUUGCUUUCCGCCCCUUUCUCGAUUUUUAGGGUUUCUUUUGAUUACCCGGCCCAUCCCCCACUUUAGGCGGUUUCUCACGUUAUGGCAGCCGGUGAACAUGGUGGUCACCGAGAUCGCGAGGUCCGGGCUCGGGAAGCAGAUGUAGAAGCCUAUAGGAGGAAGGAUUAUUAUCGCGAUCGUCUCCGUGAUGGAGGUCGCGAUAGGGACCGUGGCCGGGAGGCACGUGAUAGGGUUAGUAUUACACAAAGAGACAUCAGGGUGAGAGGAGGGGCGAAUGGCUCCUACCGCUCUCCCUUGUCGAGCAAUUCGAGUGGUGGAAGCGGUCGUAGUCGAAAAAUAAACCAACUUUCUGGGAGAGACGUCGACCGCGAGACUGGGGAGUUGUCCAGUGGGAGUGGAUCGGAUGAUGCUGAAGCACCUGUUUCAAAGAUCAGAGAGAAUGAUUCUCAGGAGAAUGGUGAUUAUUCCGCGUCUAUUGGGAAGAGGAAAUUCUCUCCAAUCAUUUGGGACAGGGCUGAUAAUAAGCAACCCACUGUGGCUACUUCCAGUGGUAAGAGUAACAAGCUUGAACAUGUUUCCCUGCCUCCACCGCCUCCAUUGCCUCAGGGCUUUGUACCGCCACAUUCCAUUGAGGUUGUUCGACCAGCCGUAGGGCAUGCAUUGCCCUUAGAUGUAGAUGUCUCUGUAGAUCCUCCUCAGGAACAGUUGGCAAAUAAUGAACAGAAAGGCUGGUCGUUAGAUGAGUAUGAAGAGGAACUUGCACCAGCUCGGAGUAUUUCUUUCUCCAGAUGGGCAGAUGGAAACAGUGCGCUUGAUGAUGAAGAGGAUGAAUUGAUGAAGGAUGAUCUUACACUUAAAAAGAGAAAAAUCACACCUUUGUCUGAUUCAGUAGGGAAACAGUUGCAAAAGAAAACGCCAACUCCUGAGCUAGGUGAGGUUAUUGUGAGAGAAAAUUCUAGGGUAUAUCCGUCCAUGCUAUCUGAUUCAGAAGGAGAGAAUGGAAAUGAUGACCGGGGGAUUUACUUUGAAAGAAAUGAUCAUAUGAAUGUUGACAGCAAUGUAUCUAAUGCAGACACUGGUGAUCAAUCAUCUGAUACUGACUCUGAAACUGAUGUUGAUAGAGCCAAGACGCAGGUACCAUCACAACCACCUCAAAGAUGUAUGAACAUGCUGCAAGGUUGUAGAAGUGUUGAUGAGUUUGAGAGGCUUAAUAAAAUAGACGAAGGCACUUAUGGUGUUGUGUACAGAGCAAAGGACAAAAAAACUGGGGAGAUAGUGGCAUUGAAAAAAGUGAAAAUGGAAAAGGAGAGGGAGGGUUUUCCACUGACCUCACUUAGAGAGAUAAAUAUUUUGUUAUCUUUUCAUCAUCCUUCAAUUGUGGAUGUUAAGGAGGUUGUUGUUGGUAGCAGCCUUGACAGUAUUUUUAUGGUUAUGGAAUAUAUGGAACAUGACUUAAAAGGGCUGAUGGAGACUAUGAAGCAGCCGUUUAGUCAGAGUGAGGUAAAAUGUUUGAUGUUGCAGCUGUUUUCAGGUGUCAAGUACCUUCAUGAUAAUUGGGUCCUUCAUAGGGAUUUGAAGACAUCAAAUAUCCUUUUAAACAAUCGUGGAGAAUUGAAGAUAUGUGAUUUUGGUUUGUCUCGCCAGUACGGCAGCCCACUGAAACCUUACACUCACUUGGUGGUGACAUUAUGGUACAGAGCCCCAGAACUUCUUUUAGGAGCAAAGGAGUAUUCAACAGCUGUUGACAUGUGGUCCUUAGGAUGCAUAAUGGCUGAACUUCUAGCAAAAGAACCAUUAUUCAGCGGAAAAACUGAGUUUGAUCAACUUGACAAGAUAUUCAAGACACUUGGUACCCCGAACGAGAAGAUUUGGCCUGGGUUUGCCAAAUUACCUGGCGUUAAAGUUAAUUUUGUCAAGCAGCCGUAUAAUAGACUACGAGAAAAGUUUCCUCCCACUUCUUUUUCUGGAUGUCCAACCCUGUCUGAAGCUGGAUUUGACUUACUAAACCAACUUCUGACUUAUGACCCGGAGAAGAGAAUAACAGCAGAAGCUGCCGUUAAUCAUCGUUGGUUCUGUGAGGUUCCAUUGCCUAAAUCUAAGGAAUUUAUGCCUACUUAUCCUGCUCAGCAUGCUCAAGACAGGCGUCUACGAAGAGUAACGAAGAGCCCUGAUCCACUUGCAGAGCAAAGGAUGAAGGAAUUGCAACAAGGGGAACUAGGUCUUCCUACCCUGUUUGGUUAGAGGACAAGUACAGAGCACUUACAGGGUCUCGGCUGUGAGUGCUGCCUGCUCAUUUAGUCAUCUAUUCCUGAUCACUAAUUUCUUAGGUGAUACAUAUAUUGCUGGACGUUGCACAAGUUUGUUAUGGCCAGAGUGAUUGACAAUGUUGUUUAGCCAGCGCCACUGAUCGUGUGGAGGGUGAUAAAGGAUUUUAUUUUCCUUUUGGGACCCAAACAAUAUCUCUUGCGGGGCACUCUCUUUUACUUCAGCAGCACAAACUAUACAGUGCAUCCUUCAAGGUGUGGGAUAUCAAUUUUAUCUCAGUUUGAUCAAUUCCCUCUGAGACUUGUAUAUGUAACAUAUUUCUUAUUAGCACUUUGUAAAUGUGCUCCUAAAGGCUGGAUUUAAUACCAAGAAUUAACUGAAUGUUGCCUAUGCUUUUGUGUAAUCACAUUUGAUUGUUCAUACUGUGUUUGCAAGAGUUGACUGGUCGGUGCGAUGGGACAUGCUGCUUCCAGUGUCAAAGGAAGUGAUCAUAACUUUCUUGUGAGAAGGGAGUUGCAAUUUACAAAAGCUUCUCAGGAAAUCAGACAAGUUUAGUUCCUUAUCUGCAUUUUCAGAAUUGAGCGUGUGUUGACUUCAUUGGAGGAUUCACCAAGUCAAUGAUGAGCACCAUCCUUUCUCAAAAGUGAGCAUUAGGAUGGAAAUACAUAAGUUCUCCACUGCAGGAAGGAUCCUACUGCAUAACUCAGUCAACUGUUGAGUAAUUUUUCUGACCUAUAUAUUUAGUCUAAUUAUUGACUUUAAUAGAAAAAUGGCUUCAUAUAUUAUAUUUUAUGAUCCUUUUAGUCACAUUCAUCCGUUGCAAUUUCAGUACUUUCUGCAAUCUGGAACAAGUGGUUUGUUGUCCACCUCAUGUAUAUAAUCUGGAUAUGACUAGGCAGUAAGCAUUUGUUUUUUUCAGUGUCUCCUCUUUCCAAUUGCAUUCCUGCAGAUAUAAGCUACCUUUACAUAGUGUUGUGGUGUCCACGAGGGUGAUAAACUCUGUUAAGUGUAGACUGAAGCAUAUGACCACAAGAUAUAGCUUUGGCCGUGACUAUUGAAUCUCAAGUCAUCUGCCUAAGCAGUCUUGCCUGAAGCACCACCCUCUGAGCUUAUUAGGCCUCGGUGGUCUCCAGCUGAUCAUUUCCAGAAGAUACUGGUGAUAUCAAAACAUGUUAGAGAGAAUAGGGGGACAGUGCUGAACAUGAUUUUUUUUUUCCUUGAGAGUUUCACAUGUAUUUUCUGUUGUCAUGGAUAUUUAAAAGUGAUUGCCCACGGUGUGUCAUUUAA